ACCCGCGGGCCCCCAUCGUGUGCAGCGUGGCCCCCCCCCUCCCGGCUGCCCCACCCUCCAACGCCGACGAGUCCUUCCUCAAGAGCUCCUGGGCCAGGGAGCAGAUGGUCUACCCAGCAGAAACCACCUACUGGCCGCCCAGGUACCGACCAUCGGACGUGCAAGACCAUCCCCUCUACGACAUCAUUCAAGGCCCUCCCUUGCCUCCUCCCCCCCACGUAGACUCCGAACCAGCUGGGCUUUACGGUGGCUUUCCCUUCCCGCUGGACCAAAGCAACAAACGGGCCCCCAUCCCUCCACGCUACAGCAACCAGAACUUGGAGGACUUCCUGCCAGCCGGCCCCGUGGACCUGCCGGCCUCUCAGUGCCAGAACGAAUACACGGCCAUCAGCUACUACCCUGCCCAGCUGCUGCAGAGCGAGGGGACCCCCUGCCCCCCGGACGCCGGCUGCAAACGGGUGAGCAUGCGUCUCAGCGUGGCCCAGCCGUCCUACGCGGACUGCGAGCCUGGCCUCAGGGCCCAGCCUGCCCCACCCCCAAACUACGAGGGCUCGGACAUGGUGGAAAGUGACUAUGGGAGCUGCGAGGAGGUGAUGUUUUAAUGGGGGCGCGUGCUUGGAACAAGAAGGCAGCCGCUCGAGCUGUGACUGGAACGUGUCCAGAGGGAGACGUAACCGGGGUUUGCUCCCCUCCCGGCUGGGACGGACAACUCUCCCAUGAACAGCUUCCCUGCGCACAGCCGGGCUGUAAUACACCACGGACCCUUCUCCCGGCGUCCUGUUCGGCGCCCCUGCUGUGCUCCAGGGAAUGGCUCUCCGCUGAGCACGAACCACAAAAGCAAGUGCCACAAAGGAAGUUCCCCUGGCUCCAGCAGUCAGCCAUGAAGGCACCACGUCACCCUGCCCCGGGCCGGAGCCUGGGAUGGGGAGAGAGGACCACAGAACUUUGGGACAAUCCGUUGCCAGGGUAGCAGAAGGUGGGCCUGGAUUGGUUACUCACUGUAACCCAGGGAGACAUGAGCCAUGCCUCUGAUGAGGGGCAGCGAGGAUUCUCUUGCGCCUGGCUCCAAGGACUAAUGGUGGGCUAAUCCUUCUCUGAGCAGAAUUUUGACGACAGCCCGCCCCACCGUGCCGUCCAUCCUCCGGGCUGGCGCCUCUCGUGGCCGUGAGCAAGACGCAGGAAUCUAACUGUUACGUUAGUUCAUGUCUGGGCUGGUCUCCCUGCAGCCGUAAAGAGCCCAGAGAAAGGUUCCUUUCUGAGGAGACACGGAGCAAAGAAUUCUGCCUCUCUUACCUACCUCAGGGGCUGGAACAGUUCUUAUAAUGGGGUGCUGAGAGCUCCUGAAUCCAGCUGGAAAGCCUGUAUAUCAUGGAAACCAUCUCAGGCAAGGGAGUUCUACAGCACACCCCUAGUUCUAGCAGCUAUCACAGGUAGCUGGAAGGAGAAGGCACAAGAUAUCCAGACAGGCCCAGAAUUCAGAGCAGGUGUUUGAUUGGACAGUUACUUCCGUCCCUUCCCAUCUGGAAAUCUGCCAGGCUCCAUGUGCACCGCAAGUAUUACCCGUUGUCCACCCACAUCUACAGCAGCCCUCCUGCUGGGGGACACGGCUCCGCUGUCAUCAAAUGAGGGCUUGUGGGUACAGACGGGACCUUGGGGUUCUCGGGCCCAGGGACUCCUGUCUCCGAAAGGCCUGCUGACAGCAGCUCCUGAUGUGCAAUGAACCACAGACAUAUGAAUGCAAGUCCUGUGCGUGUGUGUGUGUCCGUGUGUAUUUGUGCAGCUGUGAAUAUACACACCACAGCCGGGGAGGAGACUGUGCACUGGUCCCUCCCAGGUCCCCUCCCAGAGAGACACAGCGAUGGAACGAGGAUUUCCGAGGGGGUUCGCCUGGCUCGCGGAACGGAUGGUUUCUCUGGGAGUUUUUCAUCUUUGGUUGUGUGCUUGGUUUCUGAACGCAAUUAAAAAGAGAGGAGGGUUUUAUUAUUA